AUGGUUGCAUCACCUUCAGAGAUAAAUUCUGAUGUAGAUGAAUCUAUUCAAGAGAUGAUUGCCAAUCCCAGACCUAGCAAGAAUGAGAAGGUAUUUCUCAUCAAGAAGGUUGAGACAUUCUCUCAAGAACAGGUGAUGAGAACCAUUGGGCAGUUUGUAACAGAAACCACAUUUAAGGUUAAGAUUUUUGCCACAUUAUAA